AUGAGCUCAAUAGAAGGGACACCAUCACUGGAGCUUGAUGAGGUGAUUCAAAAUAGAAGCCAACUCGUGUUUCUGGAUAAUGCCAGUAAAUAUUUCACCAAAUCGGAAAAACAACAAGUUGAUAUUGAAAAGACUAGUAAUAGGUUCAAAUAUCUCCUUGGAUUAACUGGGCUAUUCCGUCAUUUCAUUGAAGCUAAAGCUAAUAAAGACCCACUUUUUCGUAAAAUUGUUGAUGAUCUACAUGAUCUGGAAGCCAAACAUAAAUCAACGAGUCAUGAUUCAAUGAGGAGAAGGAAAACGGAGAAGGAAGAAGAUGCGGAAUUGUUGAAAGAGCAAGGUUCAAGUAAGCAACCAUUUGAGUUUACUGAGAGUCCGGGCUAUGUCAAUGGUGAAUUGAGACCUUAUCAAAUCCAAGGUUUGAAUUGGUUAGUUUCAUUAUAUGAGAAUAACUUGUCCGGUAUAUUGGCCGAUGAGAUGGGAUUGGGUAAGACAUUACAGACGAUUUCAUUUUUGGGGUAUUUAAGAUUCAUGUACAAGAUUAAUGGGCCACAUUUGGUGAUUGCUCCCAAAUCGACUUUGGAUAAUUGGUAUAGGGAGUUUCAAAGAUGGAUUCCUGAUAUUAAUGUAUUGGUGUUGCAAGGUGAUAAAGACGAGAGGUCGGAUUUGAUCAAGAAUCGAGUCAUGACUUGUGAUUUUGAUGUUAUUGUUGCUUCAUAUGAGAUUGUAAUCAGAGAAAAAGCGACGUUUAAGAAAUUUGAUUGGGAAUAUAUUGUUAUUGAUGAAGCACAUAGAAUUAAGAAUGAAGAAAGUUUAUUGUCACAGAUUAUCCGAAUGUUUCAUUCAAAGAACAGAUUGUUGAUUACUGGUACUCCAUUGCAAAACAAUCUACGUGAAUUAUGGGCAUUAUUGAAUUUCAUCUUACCCGAUGUGUUUGCUGACAAUGAUUCCUUUGAUGAAUGGUUUCAAAAAGAUGAAACUAGUGAAGAAGAUGGAGAAGUGAUUUCACAAUUGCAUAAAGUCUUGAAACCGUUCUUGUUGAGAAGAAUUAAAGCUGAUGUUGAGAAAUCGUUGUUGCCAAAAAAGGAAUUGAACAUAUACACCAAAAUGACCACCAUGCAAAAGAAUUUGUACCAAAAGAUUUUGGAAAAGGAUAUUGAUGCCGUAAAUGGAGCCAACAAGAAGGAAUCCAAGACCAGAUUACUCAAUAUUGUCAUGCAAUUGAGAAAAUGUUGUAAUCAUCCAUAUUUAUUUGAUGGAGUAGAACCUGGACCUCCAUAUACUACUGAUGAGCAUUUAGUGUAUAAUGCUCAAAAGAUGAUCAUUUUGGAUAAAUUGUUGAAAAAGUUUAAAGCUGAAGGUUCAAGAGUAUUGAUAUUCUCGCAAAUGAGCAGAAUGUUGGAUAUUUUGGAAGACUACUGUUAUUUCCGAGAGUAUCCUUAUUGUCGAAUCGAUGGACAAACAGAGCAUGCUGAUAGAAUUAAUGCCAUUGAUGAAUAUAAUAAACCUGGCAGUGAAAAGUUUGUGUUUUUAUUAACUACAAGAGCAGGUGGGUUAGGUAUCAAUUUGACUACGGCUGAUGUUGUCAUCUUGUUUGAUUCUGACUGGAACCCACAAGCUGAUUUACAAGCAAUGGAUCGUGCUCAUCGAAUUGGUCAAACUAAACAAGUUAAAGUGUUUAGAUUUAUCACUGAAAAUGCUAUUGAAGAAAAAGUGUUGGAAAGAGCAGCACAAAAGUUGCGGUUAGAUCAAUUGGUUAUUCAACAAGGUCGUAAUAAUACUGUUGGCUUAGAUGGACAGCAAAGUGGUAAAGCUGCAUCCAAGAAUGAGUUAUUGGAUAUGAUUCAAUUUGGAGCUGCUGAUGUGUUCAAAAAGGGACAAGAUCAAGACCAAGAACAAGGUGGGGAACAGGGCCAAGAUUUGGAUAUUGAUGAGUUAUUGAAACAUUCAGAAGAAAAGACCCAAGAGUUGAAUGAGAAAUAUGCUAAAUUGAAUUUAAAUGCAUUGCAAAAUUUCACUAAUGAUGAGAGUGUUUAUGAAUGGAAUGGUGAAAAUUUCAAAAAGAAGGAACCCACAGCGAUCACAAAUGUUGGACAUGCAUGGAUCAACCCAGGGAAGAGAGAACGUAAGGAGAACUAUUCAAUUGAUAUGUACUAUAAAGAUGUUUUGCAUACUGGUGGUGGUCGUUCACAACAAACAGUUUCCAAAUCAGGACCCAGGCCACCAAAGCAAUUGAAUCUAUAUGAUCAUCAAUUUUUCCCACCAAAAGUGUUUGAAUUAUAUGAAUUGGAAAAGAAUUAUUACAAGAAACAAAUUCAAUACCAAGUUCCUUUAAAAGCAGGUGAUGCAUCAACUUUGAAACAAAGGGAAUUGGAACAGAAAUUAGAACAAGAAGAAGUUGCCCAAUCCCGUCCUUUAACUGAAGAAGAACGACAAUUAAAAUUGGACUUAAUGAAACAGGGCUUCAGUAAUUGGAAUAGAAAAGAUUUUUAUCAUUUUAUAUCAAGUUGUGCCAAGUAUGGGCGUAAUUCAAUCCCAUUGAUUGCGUUGGAGUUUCAGGGUGAUAAGACCGAAGAAGAAGUACGUGAGUAUGCCAAGCAAUUUUGGGUCAAGUAUCAAGAAAUUGAAGGGUUUGAAAAAUAUAUCAAUCAAAUUGAACAAGGGGAGGAAAAGAUCAUCAAAUUACAAACCCAAAAGGAGGCAUUGAGGAGAAAAUUAUCUCAGUACCAAUAUCCGCUUUUGGAAUUGAAAUUGAAGUAUCCUCCAUCUUCAAAUACCAAAAAAGUAUAUAGUGAAGAAGAAGAUCGUUUCUUACUUGUUCAAAUGUACCGAUUUGGUAUUGAUCUGCCCAACGUUUAUGAUUUGAUUAAAGAGGCAAUACGUGAUUCACCAUUGUUUCAAUUUGAUUUCUUCUUGCAGAGCAGGAACGUUACUGAAUUGGCUAGAAGGUGUAAUACCUUGCUUGGAUGUGUUUUGAAAGAAGUUAAUCCUGAAGUCCAGAAACAAAUCAAUGGGAAUGGAUCUAGUGGAACAAAGAGAUCUAAGGAAUCUACUCCUGUUGCUUCAAAAAAGAGUAGGAAGUAA